AUGCGGGCACGGAGAAAGUGGCUGAGACUUAAGCUUUCAACACGUUACAGUGUGAAGGAACAAGUGAAAUGGAUAGCGUUUGAUGACUUACCGACAUUCGGUAACAGGCCGUCAUUGUUUCGAUGGGAUGGAGGAAAUGAGGAUUCGCACGCCACAAGAUAUACAAACUGCAUCCGAAACGAUUUUCUCGGUGCAGAUUACCUCAACGGAUACGAAGUGAAUGAUGUACACGCAAACAAAAAUUACUGGAAGACUCAAUAUCUCCAGGGUACAACAAAUGUCGUUAUCUUUGAACAAAUAGGCGCUUUAAUGGAGCAAGACGUGACAAUCAACGUAAUAGAGUAG